AUUCUUGGUGACGGAUUUACAAACCGUCAACAACGUGGAAGCAGCAACACUAUCCGUGACGAUAUUCUUUUUUCCGUCAAGGAUGAGCCCACUGGAUAUUCCCAGCCCGCUACUUCGUGACGGUUUUACCAGGAUCGUCAUAGUUUCUGAUUUUAGACUCAUCAUGCUUUAUAGUUAGCCCAAAAUGUAGAGUAGGUCCACUAUCAUUUAGUGGAAAGAAAAUUCGAAAAUAUAAUUGCAAAAGGUAUCAUAAUCAAAAGACAAUUAAGUUAAAAAAAAAGAAAGACAAUUUGUUAGAUUAUUUUGUUACACAUGUAUUUAAUGCAUAUGGCAAAACUAAAAAUAUUAUCAAUAUAUAUGGUGUGCUUGGGGAAAAAUUCUGCAGCACCUGAGCCCAGCAGUGAGUUGGCCCAGCAUUAGCAGGCUGCCCACGGCGUGGCCCAGCACAAAAAAAGGAUGUACGUGCGUUCUUGUCUGAAAAACCAAAAAAAGAACAUCCGUGGGAGUCGAACCCAGGACCAGCGGCAUGGCACCCUUGUGGCUUACCACUGCAGUCCUGCACUAACAUUUGAAGUGUGAGAUAGUUUAAUUCUACAUUGCUUUUGACUGAGAAUAUAGGCGUAAGUUAUCCCCAACUCAAUCCACGGACUUAGGUCUACCAGCCACACACCGGCGCCUGCACGAACUCGCACAGACCCCGCCGCCCGCACGAACUCGCACAGACACCGCCGCCCGCACGAACUCGCACAACGCCGCCGACGGUGAGUUUAGGCAGCCGCCGUGUUGCCACUUCCCACCACGUGCUGCGCCAUCCAUCUCUGUCCAUCCCCAUCCUCAAGCUGAGUGCCUGCCUCCUCUCCAAAGAGAUCCCUAUCUGCCUCACCUGAACUGACAGAUUAGGUAUAUCUCUUCUUGUUUUUUUUUAUUUUGUUGGAUGUAGCAAUUGAAUUGGUGCGGUUUGCUCAUUGUAGUUUAUCUGUAAUAUUUGAUUAGAUGGAUAGAAGUUGGGUGCAUAGCACACUAUUUUCCCUUGAACACAAGAAUGGUGUGGCCGAAUUUAUGAGUUUUAUUCAGAGCCAAUUCAAUGAGAAUGUUGAAAUUCUAUGCCCCGGUAGCAGAUGCCUCAAUCAGAAGUACGUGAAACAGGAUGUUGUGAGGAAGCAUUUACUGAUGUAUGGCAUGGAAACUACUUAUACUCGGUGGAUUCAUCAUGGAGAGAGCUUAGAUGUGAAUGUUAUUGAGCAUCAUAUUGAUAUACAUGAAGAUGAUGAUGGUUCCACUCAUGGGGUAGGUGUGACAGAGGGUGACAACUAUGGUGAUCGUUUGGAAGGAAUUUUAGGAGACCUACAGAAUGCAGCAACACAAGCAAGACUGGAUGUAGAAAAUGAAGUUGGUACUGAAGAACCUCGUGAUAAAGAGUCAUUUUUGAAAAUUGUCAUGAGAGAGGCAAAGCAUCAACUCUAUCCUGGAUGUACCAAAUUUUCAAGAUUCUCAUUUGUGGUGAGGCUUUUGCAUAUGAAAUCAUUGUAUAGGAUCAGUAAUUCUGCUUUUUCUGCACACAUGAAGCUAUUGGCUGAAGCUUUCCUAGAAUUCAAUACACUCCCAAAAUCAUAUGAUGAAGCAAAGGUUAUUCUAAAGGAACUGGGUCUUGGGUAUGAAUCAAUACAUUUGUGCUACAAUAAUUGUGUGUUGUUCAGAAAGGAAUAUGAGAAGGAGGACAAUUGCCCGGUUUGUGGUCUCUCGAGAUGGAAAGAUGCAGAAAGGAAGAAGAUUCCACAAAAAGUGUUGCGGCAUUUUCCAUUGGCACCUAGGCUAAAGCGGAUGUUUUCGACCAAAGAAGCAUCAGAAGCGGCACAAUGGCACAAGUUAAAGAGGCAACCCAUUGAGAAGAAUAUGAGCCACCCAGCUGAUGGCGAGGCAUGGCAAGAUUUUGAUCGUGAAUAUCCAGAUUUUGCAAAGGAUGGAAGAAACCUUAGACUUGGCCUAGCUACUGAUGGGUUCAAUCCUUUUUCAGAAAAGAACACAAAAUAUAGCAUGUGGCCUGUGCUUGUUGUGCCAUACAACCUAACACCGUGGGAGUGCAUGGAGGAAUCAAACUUUAUGAUGGCUUUGCUGAUUCCAGGUCUGAAAUCACCCGGGAAGGACAUCGAUGUAUUUUUACAGCCUCUUGUAGAGGAUUUACUUGAGCUUUGGACUGGUGUUGAUACUUAUGAUGCUAUUACUAGCCAAUCAUUUAAACUUCGUGCAGCAGUUUUGUGGUGCAUCCAUGAUUACCCAGCUUUGAGCACUCUCCCAUUGCGCUAGAGCCCGCCGAGGUUACCUUCAUCGGACUUCCAGUCCAGCCGCCGGCAGGGCGCGGAUGCAUCUGGACGGCGGCGGCGGCGGCCUCGCGUCCCAGUUUGCCGCGGACGCGGUGGGGGCAGGGCCUCCGGCGGGGUUGCGGGCUGCGAGGUCGGCCGGGGCGGUGACCGCGGAGGGGGAUGCGAGCGGCGGCGGUCUCGCCGGAUCUGGGCGCUGAGGAAGGCCGCGGACGCGGUGGGGGCAGGGCUUCCGGCGGGGUUGCGGAUGCGGUGGGGUUGCGGGCUGGCGGGGUCUCGCCGGAUCUGGGCGCAGAGGACCGGCGACUCGCCGGGCUGUAGGCACGGAGCUCAACGCGCCGCCGUGCCCACGCUGCUGGUCUCCGCUCGCGGUGUCGAAGCCUGAAGCUAUGAUGGACCGGACAUCUGAAUCGAUAAGCCUGAGUGCAGCCUAAAUCUGAAUGAGCGUUCUCCAUUUUUUUCUUUUGUUUUUACUUACUAAUAGCGUUAUGGGCUUGGUUCAAAAAAAACUAAAUAUGUAAUGCCAUUUCUCCAAAAUACAUCCGUAAUAAGUUUGUA